AUGCGUGCCCAGCUGGUCGCCUCGCUCCUCCGUGCCCGCCGCGCACCCGUGGCUCGCCGCGUCCUCGCGCCCGCCUUCGUCCGCUACAGCAGCACCCACCACGAGGAGACCUUCGAGUCGUUCACGGAGCGCUACGUCACUUUCUUCCAGCAGGCCCAGGAUCUCUUCGAGCUCCAGCGCGGGCUCAACAACUGCUUCGCCCACGACCUCGUCCCCGCGCCCUCCGUCAUUGAGGCCGCGCUCCGCGCAGCCCGUCGCGUGAACGACUACGCGACUGCGGUACGCAUCUUCGAGGGCAUCAAGGAGAAGGUGGAGAACACGCAGCAGUACCAGGCGUACUUGGACGAGCUCAAGCCUGUACGGGAGGAACUUGGUAUCAACGUUAGGGAGGAACUGUACCAGUCAUGA